GCAUGUUUAAAUAGAGCGUAAACAGGCGAGGCGAGGCCAGCAGCAGCGUCAGCAUCAGCUGUUGUUUACAUCCCUAGGUGAGGCGAGCACUCACUCAGCACUGCCACGCAGCAGCAGCAGCAGCAGGACGAGACACCUCACGUGGGGUACGGGAGUGAGAUGGAAGAGGCAGUGAGCCCCCAGUGGACGCUAGUGAUCAGAAAUGAUGGGGGAGCCAGCGUAGUGCCCCUAGCAGAGGUGUCAGCACUGCAGCAGGACGAGGCUGCCAUUGGGGACAAGAAUUCAACCAUCAUUGUUCUUCAGACCCAUGAACAAGAUGUACUUGUGGACAGCACAGGGCUGGAACUUAGUUCUUCUCAAGCCAUCUCACAGAGUGAUCCAGUGACUGAGGGGGAAGCUGAGCAUGUGGCUGACUUCAUCACAGUGUCAGCAGGACAGGAGGAGGGAGCUGUUGAUCCACUCAGUAUCACUAUUGCUGACACCUCCCAUCACCUCCCAGACAUUGGUCCUGAGACACUGGAUAACAUCCACAUCAGUGUUCUGGCUCCCAGUGAGAUGACCCGAGCCAUUCCUGAAAAAGCUGCCACUGAAGACUCAGUCCCAGCUCCUUGUGAGAGCCAGUCUUUGGGCCUACCCACUGCUGCUGCUGCUGUCAUGUCCUCAGGAUCUUCAAGGCUGAGCUCACUAGGGCAUGGAGCGGAUCCACCAGCCUUCACCCCUGUCUAUGAGGAUUCUAGGCAGCCUACAAAACAGUGGAAAGAGAAAGAAGGAAAGGAAAAAUUAAAAAAUCUCGGUGUCAAGUUUAGGUUAGAUAGAGACUGCACCAAGCAGCAGAGGAAGGAAGACUUUUGCAGCAAGGUUGAUGUGUGGACCCAAAAAUUGGCUUGUUCAAAUGAACUUGUUGAGCCAUUUGAGAGGCUUGAGGCCACACUGCACAGGGAUAUCACAGCAGAGCUGGGCCUGGCUUCCAGCAGGAACAUCUUCAUCAGUCUCCAGCAGCAGGGUGUGGCCCGAGGAGUGAGAGUGACAGAGACCAGCCCAGGGCACAUUGUGGUGUCUGGGUCUCUCAUGGAGCUUCUUGCCUCCAGGGACAUCAUCCUGGAGGAAAUAAGAAAACUACGAGGUGUGUCAGAGAAAGGGACGUCACCUAGCACUCGUGAUGUUGGUGUCAUGUGCGAGUUGAUUCCCUCGCCUGCCACUACUCGUCAUGCCUCCACCCUUGGCCUGGAUCGCUCUGCCAGGCGCUACCAUUCCGUCCUCUCCCGUCCACUCUCCCCAGAGCCAAGUCCCCUGCGCAGGAGAACCAAGAAGCAGCUGGUGGGCCACUCCAGUGCAAGGAACACUGACAAGAGGCACCUGAUGAAAGGCUUCCCUGAGAGGGUGGCCAAGAAGCAUGCUCAGAACCAGAACCUUAAGAAUGUUGAGUGUGGAAUGAAACCCAAGAAUAAAAAUUAUAUAUUCUCAGAACACAGUUGUCAGAAUUCUCAAGAGGAAGAUCCUCAUAAUAGUGUGAGCAUGGCAGGUGUCAAGACUGAGCCAUGUGCUAUUCGGGCCAUAAGUGUAAGUGAUCAAAGUUCUGCAGAGAGUGAAAGGGUGGAAAAUGAAAACAGUAGUGACUUGAAGGCUUUAGGGGUAUGUCAAGAUGGGAGCAGUCUUGCUGCAUCAGCAGUGAAGGAAGGGGAUGGGACAAAACUUCAUGAGAGGACUGUUCGUACAGAAGUUAAUAAGACUAAUAGUUGUUUAGAAAAUAUUAAUAAUGACUAUCUUAAUGUAAGCAAAUCAAGGCAGCAAGUAGAAGAGGAGGUGGACAUGACCAUGAAGGAUGAAGUGUUUGGCCAGCAAGAAACCUCCAAAGGAACAGAAGAGCUUCAAGACACCCAGAGCUCAAGUCAAGUCAAGUUCAAGUUCUCAUGCAAGAUUUGUUCCUACAAGAGUAUGAGAGAAAAUCACUUCAUCAAACAUAUGCAACUCCAUGACAAGGGUCUGGCAUUGUACCGGUGCAACGAGUGCAACUUUGUGUCCAUACGAGCCAGCCACCUCCGGCGCCACAAAAUGUCUCAUGCCCUGCAGGUGCUCCACUGCCACCUGUGUGCUUACACCUGUGAUGACCAGAAGCUCCUGACUAAGCAUGUCAGGGUCAAGCACCACACCCCAAAGCAAUCUAACCCUUCUGACGACAUGUUUGAAUGCGAGGAGUGUGAGUACAAGACCAGCUGGCACUAUGCAUUCCAGAGGCAUCGGCGCACCCACACGUCCUCCAAGGUGGUGGCCAUGCAUUCUUGUCCACAGUGUCACUACAAGACUGUGCGGCGAGAACAUUUUUUGCGGCACAUAAAAAAUGUGCACCAGAAUUAUCGGCCUUUCCUGUGUGACAUCUGUGGCAAGGCAUUCAAGAGGCAGGAUGCUCUCAAGCAGCAUCAUGUGUCUCACUACCAGAAUCUGGCGCAGGGCAACAGUGGCCAGGUGGGGCCAUAUGGGUUUGUUUGUCACAUCUGCCAGAAGGUUUGCAGGUCAGCGGCUUAUCUCAAGGAACACAUGGCAACACAUUCCGAGGAGCGGUCUUUCCUGUGUGAAGUGUGUGGUGCUUCCUUCAAGACUCGCUCAGUGCAGAGGAACCACGUGCAGACCAUCCACCGCCGACCAAGAGCCUUCACCUGUGCCACGUGUGAGAAGAAGUUCAACACCAAGUUUGCUCUGCGCCGCCACAUGAAGCAGCAUGACACCAGCAUCCAAGACAUGGAAGAACUGCAAGACCUUGCUAGGAACUCCAGAGUGAAUAGCAGUGUUGGACGGCUUUGUGAGCUACAGCCAGCUGCCUCUUCACUGCUGCCUCAGGCGCCCACAGGUAUGGUCCAUCUUCCUGGACGAAGUCGAUCAUCUCUGCCCUCUGCACCUGAGUCACCCCCUCAGCAUCCUCCAUCAGCUUGCCAAAUCACCAUUGAUGGGCAGCCACCUUUCCUAGUGCCCCAUCUUGAUGCCCAGCAUGCAACACUUGAGAGUGGUGAAGCAUGCAUCAGUAAAGCAGGCAGUGGGACGUCUCUGGUAGGAGGUGAAGGAAGUGGUGGAGCUGAACUGGCAGCCCUUGGAAACACACAGUCUGGGGCAACUGUGUCUGUGCCUGUUGUCCCUGCUACUGUCCACAUACUGAACCAGAACACUUUAUCCACUAGCUCGGGUGAUUUAAUCCUCUCAUCGGAGCACUAUGACGGGGGCCAAGGCUCAGCAGUGGUGGGUGAUGACACAACAAAUUACAUCAAUGCAGACCAUAGUAACUCCACUCUCUUGUACCUAACAGCAAACUUUAACUAACUCUAAGUAGGCCUUACAUAUACCAACCCACAGACCCGUAGGUGCAUUCUGUAGGACGCUGUUGGUCUGUAGAUCAGUAUUAAAAGGAUGAUGGUGUGUUGUUUUGUAUAUUAGAUAUUAUUGUACAUUCAAUUCUAGCUUUUCUUAUUUAUUUCUACAAAGAUUAUUUUUAUACUGAGAACAAGAAUGAGGUGACAGUGUUCCAAUGAAAUAUAUAUAUAUAUAUAUAUAUAUAUAUAUAUAUAUAUAUAUAUAUAUAUAUAUAUAUAUAUAUAUAUAUAUAUAUAUAUAUAUAUAUAUAUAUAUAUAUAUAUAUAUAUAUAUAUAUAUAUGGUUUUGUUCUCUUACUCUAAGAAAUUAUUCCUAAAAGCAAGUAUGUAUUUGUUUGAGUGUCAUUUCUUGUGACAAGCUUAACUCAUUUUCAGCAUCAGUUUGCUUUGACUUACAUUUGGUGUGUUGACUCUCUGUGAGGCAUUUAUUGAUAAGAGCUAUUUCUUAGGAAUUAUGGAAUGGGGUUGUAAUGAGCUCGUUCAACAAGACCAUGAUAGAAUGUAGAAUUUUCUUUCCUUUUGAAGUGUGUUUGAAUGACUCAUAUUUAUUCCUCAAAUUGUGAUGCUAAAAACUAACAAGCUAAUGAUAAAUAGAUAGAUAAUUGAGCCAUCAUAUCCAGCCAUCAUAUCAUAUUCGAAAGAAUCAUCCUCUUGUGAUAUAAUGUUGGGCACUUUUGUGUCACUGAUAACAUUAGCACAUGACUCAAUAUUAGUGUGCUGUCAUGUUGAAAUCAUAUAUACUAAGUUUUUCAGGACUCAUUUUUAUUGUAUUUAUUCUUGUACCAUUAAUUUUGAACAAUAUUACUGCAUCACUAAUCACUAUACAUAUGGUAUAUGAAAAUUAUUUGGCAAAAAGAAAGGAUGUGUUUUAGAUGUGACCUUUCCCACAACAUGUGGAGCUAAAUAUUUGAAGGAAGUGUGUGUAAAUGCCUUGUUUUGGCCAGUCCCCCUCUAAAGGAGAUAGCCUGGUUUAUAUUAAUUUACUACCGGCUCCUUUUUUGGAGCCAAAGUCUGUGAUACAGUUUUGAGUUUGUUUUGAUGGAAUAGUGUUCUGUCCCAUGAAAAUUGGCAUUGGAGUUUAGUGUCAAUUCCUAAGGAACUCAAUGACACGCCUCCUCCUGUGCUGCCGUCCAGCUACCAUACAUCAAAAGCUUUCAUCAACACUAUUAAGUUAGAACUUUCUGAUAUCUGUAUUCCACCUAUAACACUAAAAGAUGUACAUGGAAGUGAGUGUUCUUGUUGAGUCCAGCAGUGGACAGCCACAGCAACCAGCAGUAUAGCACUGGGUUGGGAUGACUUGUAGUCUCCUUGGCAAGAGUUCUCAGGUAAAUCCUUAUGAUAGGGCCUUGUAUCUGAGGAAAUAAAGGUAAUUCAGACGAGUGAGUAUACUCCUUUUGAAACUAGAAUACUCAAGUUUAGGGAUCUGGUGUGUGUGUGUGUGUGUGUGUGUGUGUGUGUACAAUUUUUUUGCCCUCUUCCAUUCAGGAGAAACUCUACUUAACAUGGAAGGUUGCAGUCUUCAUUCUUAACUAAUUAUAUAUUAUAAACAUUACUUUUGAAAACUCAAAAGUAGAAAUUAGGACUAAAAAUACUUCAUCAUUUUAGAAGAGUCAAAUAGUAGCAGUACUUUUUAAUAGGACUAGAUAUAGUACAUUGAGUUUGCACUUCUCUCAUGUACACUUUGUCACGAUUAUAAUACUCAUGAUACUUCUGAAAUGUACCCAGCAGUUUAUCUUGAGUUGGGUUACAAUAUUUGUGACUGUUUAUGUUCUGCAAUGGUCUUGUGUGCAAGGGGUCCAUCAGCUGCUGUUUGGUGGAGUGGCUGUCUCACUGCAGUCAAGUUCUGAUUGUCCACUUGAGUGGACUGUACCAUGAAAAGUGGUUUUCUUCCUGCUGUCAUGUGUGAACAGAGGCAUCAAUGAGGAUGAUCAACCAUCUCUCUGUGAUGCGGGUCACUUGAGGCCAAGAGAAGACCGCCAAUCUGCCAUAAUGGUGCUGUUUGGUCUCUGUCUGUCUUUGGCUGGCUGGUCUGAUCAUAAAUCCCAAACUACCUCCCACAGUAACUGGUGUAAAUGUUGUGCAUGAGAUCCACUCCCUUCUCCAGCCAGCCUUGGUAUGGCAAAAAAUAAAGAGGGGUAGAGAGGUUAGUGUUUCUUGUAGUAAACACAGGGCUGGGGAAGCUUCCUGCCUUCUUCACCAUCAGUCCAGUAUUUUCUUAAGGUAUAUCCCAGUGCCAACAGAAUGGAGAAUAUAUAGAGAAGUCAUACCCUUCCCCAUGAAUUCUUUUAUUGCAUAUUGUUUAUAGUAAUAAGAAUUUGAAAAUUUUA